AUGGAUCCAAAUUUACUACGCGAGUGCGCGCAGCGCUUGUUGGAGACAGCGGACUUUAUCCGUAACCGGACUGCUGCUGUAACGUCCACAACGCCGACAACCACAACAACAACCUCGAACUUGACAAACGCGCCGGGAACCGCGCAACCUCAACCAAACAGCGCAACUGUUAGGAGUGAGCACAACCGACUGUUUGGCUACCGCCCGCCAGCUCCGUCACGAGCUCCUCGAAAUCCUCGUGCAAAUAGCCGGGGAACACGCCGCUCGCCCUACACAAACGCAGCCGUAGGUCGUGCGAGCUCCACGUGGAGCAGGUCGUUCGUGUGUAUCGCGACAGCUGGACAGCAAACGCCACCGUCAACUUCAGAGAGGAUUGACCUAUCACUGAACGGCCUGGGGGAAAAAAAGUUAUCGUUCCCCAAAGAAGGAAACGCGGGAGAUGUUCACGAAACCAUACUUGCGGCCUUUCCGGCGUUAAGGGAAGGGUACGAAAUUCUUCGUGCGGGGGAAGGGCGGUCGAGACAACUUCUUCUUAUUCCGAUGCCCUCGAACGGCUUCAGCGUGGGCUAUUUGCAAAGUGUUCUCGGGCAAGCCAAGGGCUAUCUCAGGCCGUUGCAAAGAGAUAUUGAGAUGGACACACGUCAAGAAGGUGUUGCCAGCCCGGAGAAGGUAUGUCAAUUGUCUUCCCCAAGGGGAAUAGGCCGUAAGGCCUGGGGCGGGGGGGGGACUCCCAUAUAAAAGUGACGGAGAUGCUCUUCAUCCCUACUUAGAGGUGUACAUUGCAGAUUUUGGUCUCACUUAGGCUGUUUGGGUGGAAAGCCACUAAUUUUUGCCCAUUCUGGUAUCUCUCAGACCAGUGGGUAAAGAGAUUAUACAGAACCACCAUCACAGUGCAUCUUUGGAAUAGCCAAUGCCAAUAGAGUGAGGUAUUUUACCUGGAAUCAUGUCAUUACGGACAGGUAUAACCUCCUAGAAUAUUUCCUGAGUCAUAAUUUUAGACUCCUGUAAGUGUGUUUGAUUGUUUAUGUCUAUUAUUCAUGUAGGAAUUUCAUAUUUUGCCAUUUUAGGAUGAUGAAUCAGAGGAAGUCAGUUGUCCCAAAGUUAGUUGUUUGAAUUGUAAUGAUUUGGUGUCUAUGGGCAGCAUCAGGCAGCAUCAACUCACAUGUCGGGGUGGAAGUUCCUCAUCAACGUCAUCUGGUGCAAACAGUCAUGAAAGGAGGUGUGAUUACUAAAAAGUUUAUUUUUAAGCAGAAUUCACAUCAACUGGGGGUUACUGAAUUCACUGUUUUAUUGCUUUCUAAUGAUGUGAAAUUCAUAAGCUAGAUGUAAGCCCAUUCAUCUAAAGGACUUGUUUUUAUUUUCAACCAAGGUUAUAACUGUGUGCAUAUACAAGUUUGAUCCUAGUUAUGUGCCACAGCAUUCCUAGUUCCAUAGGUUUUUCAAAUUUAGCGCCAUUCGGAAGCAGAUGUAUUAGGAUCAGUUGCCUGGCUUUCGUAUGCUGAUCUGACAGUGGGCACCAAUAUUUUUUAGUUUUGUGUCAUUUUGAGCAAUAUUAAUUUCGCGCAAGAAGAAGUCAAGGAAGUCUAGGAUUGACUCUUAUACCCAGUCACAACUGCGUUUCAACCAAAAAAGUUUGAAAAAGUGUUCUAUUGGUAACUUCAACCACUUCAAUCAAAACCAGUUUUGGUUGAAAUGGUUGAUCCCAAUAAAACAUGCCCUACGACUGAGGUAAGGUGUUCAAAUCAUAGGACAAAUCAUAUGUACGUUACAUACCGUGAAAGCCCUGAUGUAUAAGUCGCACCUUUUUGCUCAAGUUUGAAGUAAAAAAUGGGGGGGGGGAGUGUGACUUAUCUAUAUGGCACCAUCGUCGAAUGUUUAUUGAUUGACACAUCUUGUCCUCCAAGAGUUCUUUAAAACUACAUUGUAUUUGAACAACUUAACACUAAACUACAAGGAAUCUCCAUUGCUCCACAAAGCUGUUUGCAAUGAUGCCUGCGGCUAUAAGUCCCCUCUAUGGAUAUCUUUCAGCCACAUGCAUGCUAGCCUGUUCCAGGCGUUCAGAUAGUAGAGCGCGGGAGAAAAAUUCACGAAGAAAAAAAAAAAGUUUUCCCGGUGUACAACUGAACUUGCUCCCCACUUACCGCCGUGCUCUACCAUCUGAACACCUGGAACAGGCUAUAUGCAUGCAUGAAGUUUGAAAGUACUUGCCAGACAAAUGGCCUACUUUUUUUCGCUGUUUGUGUGUUAUUAUUCACAGGGUGCUGCUCCUCACAAUUUCACCUUGGCUACUAAGCACCCAUUUAUUCAUUUGUUCGUUCAUGGCUUCUUUGGAAGUGAUAAUCUUGAAAAAAAUCAGGUAAAAGGAGCAUUUUAAGUUCCAAACGAAGUGAAUUGACCAACCAAAAAGAAGGUACAUCAAAAUGAAAGUUUGCUAUCUUAAGACUCAUGAAUGAAAAAGAUCACAACAUUAACUGCUCUGCAUGUCAGUUUCACCAUUUGUUUUUGUCUUUGUUUGUUUUGACUUGGUGGGAACUUCAAGCUUUGUUGCCCAAUUUAUUUAUUUUUCCAAAAUCUGACCUUCCAAAAUUGGUAUUCAGCUUAUCUACAUGUGCGGCUUAUACACAGACUCUUACAGUAUUGGUACAUAUGAUCAUUUCAUGCAAGUACACGACUAGAUUGAUAAAAUGUACAAUGUUUUUAUUUAUUAUUAUGAUUAUUAUUAUUAUUUUGCAGAGAUCAGGGGAUUGAACAAUACCUUUCCCAUGAUGCUGCUGGUAUGUUCUUGAAAAAUUGUGUAGCUUAGUUUUGAGGUUCUGAAAGUCUUUGUCAAGUUGUUUUUGCUGAACUACUGUCCUAUGAAAUGCCUUGAAAGCUAUUAAAUUUAUCAUUGAUUUUAUUUUUCACUCUUUGCUGAACAGUAUUUUGUAUCUUGUGUUGAAUAGAACCAGUACAGAACCUUCAACAGCUUUUUCCAGAUAUGCCUGUGUCAGAAGUGGAAAAUGCUCUGGAAGCAGUAAAUGGGGAUAUAAAUGAAGCAGCAGGUGUAAUUCUCAAUCAAAGUGUAAGAGGUUUGUAAGUCAUGGGGAAAACUUUUCUUAUUUUCAAUGGAAUUAAAGCCAAGUUUAAGCCUGUUGAAGUCAGCUAAUAUAAUUUCCAUCCCUUUGUUGUUUAUUACAUGUACAGCAGAUGAGGAUGAUGAUGAAAUCUUGAUGUUGCAUCCAUGGGAGGAUAGAGAGAAUGAUGUAUGCAAAGGUAUGGCAAUAAAUUAUUACCAGGAGUAAAAGUAGUUACAUAACCAUUGUUUAUUAGUGACACUUGGUUGGCUCAGUUGGAAGGCUGCAGGUCUCUCCAGAGGUUGUGUGUUCAAACCUAUGACUGGACCACUACUUAGGGUCUUAAAAUAACUAAGGAGAAUGUGUCACCUUUGACGGUCUCCUCAUAUAACCUUUCCUUAUGGGGGUAUGAGACUCUUAUUUGCAUGAUACUGUUGCAAUGAACCUGCCAAGGAUUGGAUAGGCUAUACAUAAUAAAAUAAAUAAAACAGGCUAGAUAAAUUAAAAACUGCAGUUAUUGGCGUAUAUAUGUCAUUUCAUUACAGGAAACAAUUACUUGGCAUUUUCCUGCUAUUCUCAUAGGUACAACUAAAAAUUAACAAAUGAUGGGAAAACGUGGGUUGUUUUUUUUUUAAUUUAACCUGCAUGUAACAUAAUACAGCUUUGUAGCAACUGAGAGAAGUUAUCAUCAGUUUGAUUGUCAAACUAAUAUUGUAUUCUUCCGGGCUUUGAUAUUAUUUAAUUUAUUUGAUUUAUUGCAGAUGUCCAAUUGUCAUCAGUUCUGGAAAAACUAGGCAAAAAGCUUACUGGAGCACCCAGAAGAAUAACUGUGGAUCAGUGUGAUGUCCUUGCAGACAUAUUACCUCUGUACAAAGAUCCUGAGUUUGAUCCCUCUCGACCAGUGAGGGUAGUCUUUAAAGACCAACCAGCAGUGGACAGUGGAGGUCCCAGAAAGGAGAUGUAUUCUUUAGUUUAUGAAACACUUGCAUGCUCCACAGUAUACAAGUUGUUUGAGGGCCAAGCUGGGCGACUUAUGCCUUUUUAUAAUGCUAGUACUGUGUUUUCGGGAAUGAUGAAAACUCUAGGAAAAAUGAUAGCACACUCUAUCGUCCAGUGUGGCAUUGGUCUACCUGUAUUCUCCCCAGUUUGCUACUGGUACUUGAUCUCUGGAGAUGUUUCUAAGGCCCUGGCAUAUGCAAACCUUACAGACAUCAGGGAUCCAGAUGCAGCUGUAUUAACAGAAAGGGUAUUCUUACAGUAGUUAUUACCACCUAAACUCAUUAUCUCCUGAAACAUUAGCUGAAAAACUGCUUGUGAAGCUUAAAUAUAAUAAUGAAAUAGCUGUCUUUGGCUCACUUUUUGGAAAAAGUGAAGAACAGCUCCCCCAAAAAACUGUCGGCCGACUGUUGGUCAACAGUCGGCCGACUGUCGGCCACCAUUUGGCCAACAGUCGGCCGACAGUUGGCCGACAGUCGGCCAACGGACUUUUAGAGGAGCUGUUCUUCACUUUUACCCAGUACCCACUUUUUUGUUCCACUUGGACAGUUCAGGGGGUCACAAAUGGGUUAAAGGGUGCACGAGUUUAAAAAAAAGUCACUUAGUGUAUUAAAUAUUAACAUAUCUUAAACUUAACAACACACAUUAUUCAUUUAGUUGGUACCUCAAAAGCACAUUAAUCACUCUGUUUUUGUCUUAAUUGAUUUGUGUAUAGUGUCAAACUAAACAUUUUGAACAAAAUGAUGGCUUUUUUCAGUCAUCUAUUUUCUGGGGCAUCAAAGCAAAUUUACAACCAUUCCAUACAUGAGCCACCCUUCUCAAUGGCUUAAUUACUAGCUUGAUCAUAAAAAACACUUUCAAGUACCUUCAGUGAGUGCCAUCAGACCCUAUUUUUACCUUGUUCCCAGUGUCAACUCUCUUCUGUGCCUCCCUUUUCGUUGAGAGAUUGAAACUCUCUUUCCUCAACAACAAGAGAGGAAUAGCUAGGAGAGAGACCAGGAAAUUAAGUUGGCCCAAUUUUAACAUGUUGUUGUACACUCUCUUAUGUAGUUUUACCAACUAUAAUGAAAAUAGCACCUGACCUCUCGGGUUGAUGUAUAUGUAUGUGGGGUAAACAUUCAUUCACACCCUCAAAGCUGGGAUUUUGAUUUUGUAAGUAGAUUAUGGUAAACAAAGAAUAAAUAUUAACAAUGUUGUAUUUUCAAAAUUAUUGUUCGCAUCAGAUAUUACGGGCAGAGACAGAUGAAGAACUCAGUGGUAUAAAUGAGGAUGCUGGUUUUGAAGUUUUACGUUCAGAUGCUGGUUGCACAUCUAAGCUCACAGUAAGCAGAAGCUUCUUUUAUUGCUUGUACUUAUUAUUUAAGAAACCUUUUUUAAAGGAAGUGCAGUUUUUCAUAAAACUUGGGAUAUGAAGACAGGGUGACUUAAUCAACCAAUAAUAUAAUUGUUACAAAAUGUCAAAAGUAGCCUGAAAUGUGCAGCCCCUUUGGGUGUUGAAAUUUCAAAAUUUUUCUGGGGCAGGUCCCCUGGGAGGGAGACCUGGCCGCUGGGACCCUGGAACCCUUAGCCUAUACCAGAGCUAGAUCAACUGAAUUUUGCUACCCAAAUCCCCCCUAUCGUAGAGGAGCUGUUUUCCAGAAACAACUGAGGUCACCAGCACAGUCCAGCUAAAACAAAACCGAUUUGAUUUUUUUAUAUUCUUGAGUGGCAAUUCCUGGUUUCCCUAUUCUAGACUAAAAUCUUCAGCCAAUUGAUCACUUUAAAUGGAAAAUGAUACCCUCUUCUAGACCCAAACUCUCUGAUUUAUAUACCCUAUCCCAGAGUGAACUGCUUGAAGACUAAUUACCCUUCACAGCAGCACAUACCUAUAUAGCUCAUAUAUGGCAGUACCCCCCCUCUCCCGAGCCAGGUCCCCUGGUCACUGUCCUAUGGAGGGAGCAACAUACAUACAUCAAGUUAAUCUAUUCUCAAAUUUACAGAGUAGCUGGCUAGUACCCCUUCCCAAACCUUCCUCCCUACCUUUGCCCCUGCUAAUGCAAAUUCUGUCCCUGCAAUCCACAACCAUAACAAAAACCCUGGGUGCAUAUGCAUUUAAAAAAUAAUAAACAUGCUUAUAGUAAGUGUUGACAUUCAACAUUACUGGCGGUGAUGAUCAUGAUCAUUUCUUUCUAUUAGAAUCUGUGACAUCAAAACUGUCGGUCAAAGUAAUGUAACUAUAAAGAUCUACAUAUAGCUCAUGUCACUUUUCUGUUUGACAGGCAGAAAAUAAAACAGAUAUUGUGCAAUCCAUUCUGGUGCAUUUUGUCUUAAGCAAGAAAAAGGUCUUGCUUGACCAGCUUAGAGAAGGAUUGAGGACCCUAGGUGUCCUGGAGGAGGCAAUCAAGCAUCCACUGCUAUUUGAAAAACUAUUUGUCAGGACUGAAAGUGACUUAUGUUCUAGGGAAGUCAGAGCCAUCCUUGACUUCCCAAAGCAGAUGGGUGGCAGUGAAGUAGAGGCCAAGGAAAUGUUGUUACAGUUUAUAGAUGACUGCUCUAUUAAGAGUAAGGAAAAAUAUUAUUAUUAUUAUUAUUAUUAUUAUUAUUAUUAUUCAAUAAUAAUAAUAACAGUAAAGAUUAAUUGUUCCAGUGGUAGUGAGAGCACUCAGGGAUCAGUGCCACGGAGAUUGAAGGACAACUUGAAAACCAUUUAGAUGGGCAUUCCUGUUGAACUGAUCUAGAGAUGUGCGUUGCUGCCGAGGGGUCAGCAAGAAUUCUUAGGAAGGUGCUGGAGAUGUACAGGAAAGAUGGUCUUGCAAAACCGCAAUACCGCAGGUUGAAAUAGAGCGUUUUCACUCAUGUGGCCAGCAUUGAAGCCAAUUUUAUGAGAACAAAAGAAAUUGUUACAUAAGAAAAGAGUUUAACUCCCACCGGAUUUGUUUGGAAACCAACAUGGCCGCCGUUUCAUUGUUUUGGAAUACCAAUAUGGCUGCCGUGAAGUCAUGUGAAAACAUUCUACAAUUUUAUUGCUUAGCAAUACACCACAUCAACUAAAGUGCAGAACUGUAUCACUACAAAACCUUACAUCCCCUCUUCUCUGUACAACAGAAAUUACUUAUAAACUUAUUGCUUAUGAAAUCAAAGAACGUCUUAAAUUUUUUCCAAACAGAACUGCACGAUUUUCUUCGCUUCACAACUGGGGCCGCCACGCUACCAAUGGCAGGGAGUUUCCUUGACAAGAUUACAGUGACCUUUGAUGCUGUGGAUAAUUGCAUCUUUUCUUCAACAUGCCUCUUAACACUCCAAUUACCUCCUAAAUUUGAGAGUUAUGAGCUUUUUAAAGUAGCAAUGGAGGCAGCCAUUAGCAGUGUUACAGGACCUGCUUUCAACGUUGUGUAA